GCAGACAUGCCCACAAUAUUUAGUUUACUCACCAUCCACUGGAUUCCCUCACCUUCCAACGCCACCUCUGUUCCCCUCAAGGAGUCAUCAUCAUAUCACCUGAACCCUAACCCUAAGCCUUAUAAUCUUUAACACCAAUUCCUUUUAAUCCGAAUUCAUUAUGGUGAGAACAAGAAAAAGAUUUUAUGGUGAAGAAGUCUCACAAUCUUCAUCAAAUAGUCAGCACAUGAAAAGAAGAAGACUACAAAAAGACACAAGUUUUCAUAUAUCUGAUGGUAAGCGACAAAAAAAGAGCAAAGAGAGGAGUUUUUUUACAUUCGAUAAGACCCGCGGCCCUUAUCCUAUUGAAUGUGAAAAUUGGGGUCAAAUGAAUCGUAUUUUUGGUGGUUGUACUCCAUCCACUUCAACAGGGAGGAGUUCGCAGUCAAGGAGCACUUCCUCUAUAAGCUCAGGUCAUCUAAAUAAGUUGAAACUACGCGAUGCUCUUGCUGAAUUGGCACAUUCUGGUCUUUUGGACUUGGAUGACAUUGAAAGAGUCGAACAAUAUGUAACCAAAUGCAAAACCAGUCUGCACGUUUUUAUAGGGGGAUCUCAGGAGUAUAGGGCGUCCGUGGUUCGCAAGUAUCUGGAGAACGAUUCUCAAGUCCCAAACUCCGUUUAGCAAACUUGAAAAAAUGGGAACUCAGUUGUGAAUGUAUUGUGGUUGAUACAAUUAAGAGAAUUGAAAUUUUGUAGUUCAUACAACUACAAGUGUAAAACUGGGGAUUAUUUUCUAUUGUUCCUUAACAGAAGUGUUUUUCCUUAUUUGUUU